CACAUCGGAUUUCACCUCCCUCCGAAGGAAGAGAGGUUCUCUGCUCUUGCUCACACCAACCAAACUGUGAAUUGGGCAGCGAAAGAUUCCACUGAAAUUUUGAUCUUAUCAGUAAAACCUCAAAGUUCAAUAAGCAAAGAGAGAACACGGUCGAAUUUUGACGCGAAAACCUCGCAAAUGGCGAGCGGUUGGAGGAGAGCAUUCGGGAAUGUGAGGUCUUUUGUUGGAAAUUCAAUGGGCGGUCUAAGGGGUGGGAGCAGUUUAGCUUCAUGGAUUGUCGCAGGAACCCUCGCUUAUUACCUCUGGGUCCGCCCUUCUCAGCAGCUCAGAAGAGAGCAAGAGGAAAGGGCAGCAUUGGCGGCGGCUUCCGAUCCAUAUCGAUAUGUUGAAAAGCGAAAGCCGAUUCCGGAUCCUCAGGAGACUGGAUUGGUGUACGGGAGUAAAAACGGAGCGAAGAAACCUGAGUGAAGUUUUUUGUAGGAGCGAGGUUAUCAUUAGCUGCAUUCGAUGUGUGCUUCCACAAACAUUGAAGUGGGAAGAUGUGGAGCCAACUUGAUGUCGACGAAUUCAUAGCCAGCAAAUUUGGAGAAUGGCAAUUGAAGUAAUUGCCACUCUUUGUCAACACGACAGUUUGAUUUAUUUAUAUAUGGCUACUGUUAGUUCCUAUUCAGAAGCCAACAUGAAGUGUGAAAAUGAAUUAUCACCUUUUCAUAGAAACAACCUUCACUAAGCUAAUGAGGGAGUAUAAUAGCUAAUGGUACAUUUAGUAAUCAGUUUGGUAUUUAAUAUCUGCCCCAUCUCCAACAGCUCUUGUGUGCUUGUUUGAUGUGACUAACUUGAUUUAUGAGCCUUCUGUCUCACGGUAUGUCUGUGUGCGGAUGGUUUUGGGACUCUUUAGAUGAUUUCUGCGAUCUUCUUUUAUUCUACUUAUAGCACAUAGGCUAUAGUGCAGAUGGAAUGUAUUGGCUAUGGACCUAUGGUAUCGAUGAAAUACAGAAUGAGCCAGGUGUCCAAAUAGCAUUAUCUCAUUGAUUCUCCUGACAUCUAUCUCAUACU